ACUCUGAAAAUGGCCGAGUCGGAAGAGGAGGUGGAUGUCUUGGUCCAGAGAGUUGUCAAAGAUAUCACUAACGCGUUUAAAAGAAACCCCGGCAUAGAUGAGAUCGGACUCAUACCAUGCCCGGAGGCUAGGUAUAACAGAAGCCCUAUUGUCCUGGUGGAGAAUAAGCUUGGGGUGGAAAGCUGGUGUGUGAAGUUUUUACUGCCCUACGUGCACAAUAAGCUGCUGCUCUAUCGACAACGCAAGCAGUGGCUGGACCGUGAUGCACUGGUUGAUAUCACAACUACAGUACUGCUACUAAACCCAGACUUUACCACUGCCUGGAAUGUCAGAAAAGAACUUCUUCAAUGUGGCGUGCUAAAUCCAGAGAAGGACCUUUACCUGGGGAAAUUAGCACUGACGAAGUUCCCGAAAAGCCCAGAGACAUGGAUACACAGGCGAUGGGUGCUGCAGAGGCUGCAGAAGGAGCUUUGUGGAACUGACAGGAGGAAUGACUACAGCGAGCAUAUACAGAGGGCCGUGCAUGGGGAAAUGAAGGUGUGUGCGGAUGCCGCGGGCCGCUACCCCAGCAACUACAACGCCUGGUCACACCGUAUCUGGGUCCUGCAGCACAUGGCCAAAGGCAAUCUCAAGAUUCUUCAUGAUGAACUCUCCUCAACAAGGCUUUGGGUGUCCAUGCACGUGUCUGACCACAGCGGCUUUCACUACCGCCAGUUCCUGCUGAAGACACUGCUGGCCGAGCUGGAUCAGGCCCAGCAGACGAACCGAGGAGGCUCAUUAGAUGAGCCACACACUGAUGCUGUCCCUCAACUCUGCCACGAUGAGAUCGAGCUCUGCAAGGACCUCAUCGAGUCGUACCCAGGUCACGAGACCCUUUGGUGCCACAGACGGCAUGUUUUCUAUCUGUGGCACCACUGGCGGAAUCACGGUCAAGAUCAGAGUCCUCUAUCUCCAGGCCACGCCCAAAGUCUUCUUAAUGAUCCUUCAAAGCCUGGUGAUGAACGCAAAAGCUCCCAGGCCAUGGACAUUGACUGUACACUGGAGGGCAGUAAGCACGGAGGCUAUACCCAGGACAGUAAACGGUUGAAGCGAGGCCCACCCUGUCCCACUCUGACUUCUGAACACAUCUUCAUCUCGCGUAUCCUGAGCAGCUGCAGGAACCCCGAACAGGCUCGUUUCGCCAAUGCGUACAGUAAGUGGCUGGACUCAGUCAUAGGUCAGUAGCUGAAGAUGUACUCCUCCCACAUGGACAUGGGCGAGGGUUGAUGUAUCCAGCUUCGUUUUGGCAGCAUCCACUCAAGUCCUGUGCAGAAGAAGAAGGCCGAAGUGUCAAAGCUGCUCUACGAGUGCGUUCCCCUUCAUGAUGAAAACCAAGUGAUGAGCCAUGACAGAGUAAUGCUGGUCUGCAGUAUCUGCUUUUGUUCAGGUACUUGAUAAUCUCAGGUCUGUUUUUUUUCUCAGUUAUUUGAAACUUUUUAUAUAUUUUUUCCCCUUUUUUUGCAUUUUUUUUUUUCGUUUUUUUUUUUUGCACAAAGUAAACGAAUGCAGGAUGUCAGUUGUACACUUCCUGUGAGGAGACUUAGAAGAACACAUUGGAGCUCGAGCAGAUCUGAUCCCAUUUCCUUCUGUAAAAGCCAGACAGGCUUUCUACCUGUUCAUUUGCUCUUCAAACUUUUGUACAGGUCUAUACAGAUUUCAGAGCACUUUACUCUGGUUUAUGAUGUAAGCACAGAGUUUCUCAGAAACAUUUAAAUACACAGAGUGAGCUGAGCCAUUCGGGAUCAAUAUUUAUUAAUACUUUUAAUACGCAGUAAAUAAUACACAACAGAAAUGGGUAGUGCUUGUGCAAUAUGUAGGUUUAUUUCCGUUCUUAUUUAAUGGCAUAGCAAUGACUAAGGCUUCAGAAUUAAGUAUGAUCUUAUGGAAGCACUUUCAUCACACUAUAAAGUUAGGAUAAUCUAGAUAUAACCAGUAGGUGUCAAGCUGCCUGAAGAAUUUCAGCGUUAAAGCACAAGCGUUGUGAUUGGAUUUUCUUUAUGCAGCCAGUGUUUUUCGUUAUGACGGGGAAUUUACGACAGAGCGUGAACAUUUCUUGACUCAUCUGCUUGUAAGGACCGUGUUGUGAUUAGAAUCAGUGCAAGCUACAAAGCUGACGUCUAACACGCAUUGAAUGGUGCUAAUUUUGUCUGCAGCCUCAAAAGGCCUGGGUUGACAGAUGCUGCUUCUCUUGUAACACUACUUUUGAACUAUAUUUAUGCAAAGAAUUGCUAUAAAUUUCAUCAUUGGCUCUUGGGUCAUAAUUUAUUAAAACUAAGCGCUUCAGACGGGUUUACGCUGUACGAUUUCUAGCCCUGGUUUCCUGUUGCAGAUAAAAAAGGAAAAUCCCACAUCAUAAAAUAAUUCUUUGGCUGUGAGGUGAGGUCUGCGGGUCGUAUAAUUAGACACUCUCACAGGAAUGUGAUUCAGCGGUGACCAAAAAGAAUUCUGGGUCAGAAAUGUGUAACUGCUGCUCCAACACUCAUCUCAAAUGCACCAGUAGGAUGGCAGCAUGGGACAUGGGAAAACUCACUGGACAGCUACAAAUGCAUUAGUACCACCAGGAAUGGCAAACCAUGAACAAAAACGUGAUCUUGGUUUUGGUUUACGCAAGGCUAGAUGGUACUAAUUGAUGGCAUAAGCAGUAGUAAUUUUCCUUAAUCGCAGGCCUUUUUGGAGAAUCUUCACUGAAAGCAUACAGCUUAAACCCCAAGCUUUGGACUGUCAUGCUAGAUCUAGCUGUGCAUUAGAAAUUCCUGGGCUCUUAAAGCACUUGGAACAGAACAAUCUUGUAAAGCAGAAGUGAUUUAUGGCACAUUUGUUUAGGGUUGUUUGUAGGAAAGCAUACGCUUUUGUCGUUUUUUCCAGAUGUACUAUACUAUCUUUUUACACAUAAUCUUAACUAUUUACUAGUAAGAGAAUAGAUUUAUAUUGAGAAUAAAAAAUGUUUAAGUUCUAGAACACUUUUAGGUUUGUUCCUCUGAUUUAAAACUAGUACUCCGGGGGAUCCAAACUGACAUUGUUAUUUAGCUUAAAAUCUAGGCUAGACUGGGUUUUAAUUUUGUGUAAAAAAAAAAAAAAAAGUGUGAUAUUUGCGCAGUUGCACCGUGACGAUACAAAAUGAAGUGUUCGGUUUUCCGCACUUGUAUAGUGAUCAAAUAACUUUUAUCUAGGGCUAUUUCCUUUUUGUUUUUUAUUUAUUUUUAUAUAUAUUUUUAUUUGCCUCUUGCCCAGCCUUGAGUGUUUCUCUUGCACCACAUUGCUCUGGGGUGCAGUAGCUUGGCAAUAAAGCCCAUUCUUCCUUCACUCGACAACCAAAUGUAUUGUAAGGUAGACUGUCGUUACGAAGUUGAUCAUACUAUAAUUCUUGGUUCUGUUCUCUGAACCGAGACAGUGUUCCUGUCGAAACAAUAGGUUAGGUUUCAGUGAUCUAAAAUCUACAGGAUUCUUGGUAAAGGAUACUUAUGCUCUCACUGACAGCUUUAUUAAGACCCAAUCCAAGCAGGCAAAAAUGGGGCUGUAGCACAAUGCAUAAACUUGUGUAGACACAUUAGGAUUUUCAUUUAAUAAUAACUGUAGAUAUAUACUUGUAUUAUUAUAUUACUAUAUAUAAAAUAAAAACAUCUACUGAACAGCAAAUCAGUUCUGCAGAACCGCAACAGCCAUAGAACAGCAAAUUGUUGUGUGUUGGUCUUUUUCCUCUCCUGUAUAGUCGAGUUUUGUUAAGCCUUUGCUUAUUGCAGAAGUCAGGCCUCAUAUGGUCUUUCGGUCUUGUAGCACAUCUGCCUCAGUGUUCAACAUGUUAGAUGCAUUUCUGCUCAUCGUUGGUGUAAAGACUGGUUAUGUGAGCCUUCCUGUCAGUUCACUAUUGUCUAGCUGUGCACCUGUGUUCUCUCUCAACAAGGUGUUUUACACAGAAGUGCAGCUUACUGAAAGUGUUUUUUUUUUUUUUUAUUUCACCAUUUUAAAUAAACUGUUGAGGCUUUUAUGCUGAUCAGAGGUAAUCAUCAGUUUCUGUCCAGCACAAACAACCAGGUCACUGAAAGGUCACAAUCUAAUGUUUAAUGAACAGCUUUAUGAACAGUAACUGAAGCACUUUUCCUGAAUCUGUGUGAUUUUAUUCAUUGUGCUGCUGCCACAUUGGACUGGAUAAUCGCCUCAGUGAACGGGUGUACCUAAUAAAGCGGUCAGUGAGUGUGAAAUCAGUCCUCGGUUACACUACAUGUCCCUUAUUAAUACUGGCUUCCAUACAGUUCCUUUACACUGUGGUAAGAUGUACUUGUGGAUACCUGAACUGAUUGUUGUUACAUGUCUGUUACUUGUUGGAAUUGUCACAUUUCUUGUUAAGAAAGCUGCCAUUUUUGUUACUUGUUUGGAGAUUAUUGGUAACAAACAUGCCCUUUUGACGCUUUUUCUGCUUCCAUGGUCCAAAGUGGCACAACAAAUAAGACAACAAAAUUCAUCCUAUUUUUAUUUUAUUUUUUAUUUUUUUUUACUUCACUUUUACAUUUUGUGGUCCUGCUGUACAAGUUCUGCCACUAUACUGACUACCUGCUGAACCAGAGCCAUCAUACAGUCUUAUGUUAUCAGGAGAUAAGCUGCCGUUUCUGAAAACCGCAUCUUUUAUAGCCCUAGUCUUAUCCCUUUAGGGCUUUGACCAUACAUCUAGCCCGAAGUGUAUUCAUUAUUGUUGUCUUAAAUGAGUUGAUGUUCAUAUUACAUUCUUACAUCCUGUCUGUGUAUUAACUGCCUGUUUUGCCAUAACCUUGUACAACAUGCCUUUAACGGCGCUGGUGCAUCUAUGCAGAUACAUUCUCACUAUUUUCACCGAGCUUUGAGACGAAGAAGUGGACACUUGUAGUGUUUUUGUUUCCUCUCACAUAUUUCUAGGUAAGUUUACAUACAGUAAGGUACUGUAGGUUGCUAACAAAUCUAGCAUUUUGUCUGUGUUGUAUAUUUAUUUGUAGAUUGAAAGGACUUGUAUUCACAGUAAUUUGUUUUUGUUAGUUGCCUACAACAUGGAAUAAAAUAUUUC